CAAUGACAUGACAAUUAACAAGUGCCGGUCACUACUCGCUGGUCACUUGGUCAGUAGAGUGCAGAACUGCAGGAGGUAAACAUGGUGCGCGCGGGCUUUCUGUAUGUAUGUUUGUUACUUGCGUCUGGCUGUAGCCGUGUAACGGGAGGCGGCGAAGAUGUGCAGGCGCCGUCGGUGAAGACCCCGGCCGGUUGGAUCACGGGGUCCUGGAUGACGUCACGCCGCGGAAGAGCCAUCCAGGCCUACCGUGGCAUCCGGUACGCGGAGCCCCCCACCGGCGACCUGAGGUUUAGACCACCAGUGCUGAUCAGGCAGUACGCCGAGGCCGUGGAUGCCACUGCGGAUGGCCCGGCAUGUCCGCAGCCCGACAUCCGCGUGGAGCAACGAGAGGACUGCCUGCGACUCAACGUGUACACCGCCGCGAAUAACGGGAGCAAGGGUCGGCCUGUUGUCGUGUACGUCCACCCCGGGGGGUUCUACUCGGUGACCGGCAGGAGUGAGUUCGCGGGGCCACACUACCUGCUCGACCACGACCUCGUACUUGUCACCAUCAACUACAGGCUGGGCUCUCUGGGAUUCCUGAGUAUGGGCAACGAGUUGGCCCCCGGGAACAACGGGUUCAAGGACCAGGUGGCUGCGCUGCGCUGGGUGCGGAGGAACAUAGCAUCGUUCGGAGGAGACCCCGAGCUGGUUACCAUCGCGGGCUACAGCGCCGGGGCCAUCAGCGUGGCGCUGCAUAUGGUGUCGCCCAUGUCCAGAGGAUUGUUCCACCGUGCAGUGUCUAUGAGUGGGUCUCCGUACUGCCAGGUGAAGAUCCCGCAGCAUCAGCGUCACCUUGCCGAGAAGCAGGCACGGCUGCUCGACUGUCCGACUGACCCUCCUGCACAACUUUUGCACUGCCUGCGAACUGUACCCUGGCAAAAGUUUGGUGACUCACUUAACGGUUUCCGUGAUUACUCUAUUGAUCCCAUCCUAAUCUGGCUACCGGUCGUGGAGCAAGACUUCGGGCAGGAGAGGUUUCUGGAGCAGCAUCCCCUAGACGUCAUCAAAAUGGGGAAGUUGUACUCGGUGCCCUACAUCGUAAGCCAGACCAGGGAUGAGUUCUUUUGGGAAGCAUUUUUGGUCCUCAACAACAGCACCUACUUCAACCGGCUUACUUCUAACUGGGUGGAAGCUGCGCCCAUACCCUUUUUGCUUCCGGAACCUUCUGAACACGCGGCGAACAAACUAAAGAAGGUUUACUUCAAUGACAAGCCGUUACUCAAUAACUCUGAGACGGCUCGCGCUUUAGGGAUGUUGUAUGGAGACUCUGUUAUUGGGUUUGGUGCUCAUAGGUUAGCAAAUCUUAUGAGUCAGAAUUCUGCCGAACCAGUCUUCUACUAUGAGUUUGACUACAUCGGCAACAACAGCCAUUACAGAGACCCAGUCUCUCACAAACCAGUUGGAGUAGCUCACCACGACGAACUGAUAUACCUGUUUUCGCUGAGCAUCGCGUUCCCCGACAUCGGCGUGUCCUCCUCCCCGGACAGUGUCAUGGUAGACAAGCUCACCAGCAUCAUGUAUAACUUCGCUCUCACGGGAGAUCCAAACCCAGUAAGGGACGCCGGAGUCCAGCGCUGGCCUGCCAUGACACCUCAAACACGGAGCUACCUGCGGCUCGCUCGCCAGUCCUCCGUACAAACCAACCUCUUUGAAGACAGGUUUCGCGUAUGGGAGGAUUUGUAUCCUAUCGAUUAUAAGCUCGUGUAAAAUUGAAUGUGUGAGUGUUUGAGUCUUAUAGCGGCCUCCCUCAACACAAUAUAACGGAGUUUAGUCCGUUAAUGUUUAAUGUAGAGUAUCAAACAACGUAACCUGUUCUAUACAUUUGGAGGUAUAUAUAAUAAGUAAUAACAAUAAAUAUCUUUGACCAA